AAACAAGAGCAAUUAUGGGCUUGACGGUUGUUACAAGACACUAAAAAUGUAGCGGGAAUGUAGGUAUUAGUGUUGGAGAAUGUCGGAGAGGGAGGAGGAAACCGGAAAAAUGUCGGAAGAUUUGAACGCAUCAUCAAAGUGCAAAAACGUGUUGCCGUACGAGACCCCGGACCUAAACGAGCACUACAGUGUGGUGGAUGAGGUGCUGGGAGAAGGGCGCUUGGGCACCACCUACGUCUGCACCCACAAGGAGACAGGGAAGACUUACGCCUGCAAAACCAUCCCAAAGGAGAAGCUGAGCAAAGAAGAUUACGAUGAUGUGUGGAGGGAGAUUCAGAUCCUGCACCAUUUGUCGGAUUACCCCAACGUCGCAAGGAUGCAGGGAAGCUACGAGGACAAGUUUUCGGUGCACAUUGUCAUGGAGCUGUGUGCUGGGGGUGAGCUUUUUGACAGGAUCAUUAAGAAGGGGCAUUACACCGAACGAGAGGCUGCCAAGUUGAUGAAGACAAUUGUUGGGGUGGUGGAAGGGUGCCACGCUCAUGGGGUUAUUCAUAGGGAUCUCAAGCCUGAGAAUCUCUUGUUUGAUACUGUCUCCAGGAAUGUCACCCUCAAGGUCGUCGGUUUUGGUCUCUCUGUCUUCUUCAAGCCAGGACAAACCUUUAGUGAUAUAGUAGGAACUUGCCACUAUAUGCCCCCUGAGGUGUUGUGCAAGCACUAUGGACCAGAAGUGGACGUAUGGAGCGCUGGUGUUAUCCUAUACAUCUUACUCAGUGGGGUGCCACCUUUCUGGGCUGAGACUGAACUAGGAAUUUUCAGACGGAUUAUAAACGAUGAGCUUCAGUUUGUUUCUGAACCGUGGCCAAGUAUCUCAGAAAGUGCCAAAGAAUUGAUAAAGCAGAUGUUGGUUAAGGACCCUAUGAAAAGAAUUUCUGCUCAUGAAGUCUUGUGUCACCCUUGGAUUGUUAAUGAUAGUGCUGCCCCGGACAAACCUCUGGAUCCUAUUGUUUUGACGCACCUAAAGCAUUUUUCAACAAUGAAUAAACUUAAGAAGAUGGCAUUACGGGUCAUUGCUGAAAGACUUUCAGAGGAAGAAAUAGGUGGAUUGAAAGAGUUAUUUAAAGUGAUUGACACAGACAACAGUGGGACAAUAACUUUUGAGGAACUGAAGGAGGGUUUGAGAAGUAUGGGCUCUAAUCUCGUGGAAUCUGAAAUCAAAUCCCUUAUGGAGGCGGCUGAUAUAGACAACAGUGGAAGUAUAGACUAUGGUGAAUUUCUUGCUGCUACACUGCACUUGAAUAAGAUGGAAAGAGAGGAGAAUUUGGUUGCUGCUUUUUCCUAUUUUGAUAAAGAUGGUAGUGGCUACAUCACCAUUGAUGAGCUUCUGCAGGCUACCAAGGAUUUUGGCCUUGGCGAUGUACAUCUAGAUGAGAUGAUCAGAGAGAUUGAUCAAGACAAUGAUGGCAGAAUUGAUUAUUCAGAGUUUGCAGCAAUGAUGAAAAGGGUUGAUCCGGAUGUUGGUAGAAGCAGAACCAUGGAUGGCAAUUUGAACUCCAAUAUUGCAGAUGCUUUUGGAAUGAAAAACUCUUCCUCUUUAUAUGCUACCUGAUUUUUUUUUUUUUUGUACAGUUAGGACCAAUGAUGGUAGAACAAAAGUGAUAGCAAAAUUUUCCUACCGCGUGGUUAUAAUAUGUUUUAUGUUUGAACUUUAUUUACCUUCUGGAGCAAUUGGCUUAAUCUCUUUAUUUCUUUAAAACAUUAGGUGAAGUUGAAUAUGUUGACCAUAUAUUUAUAUAUAAUGUAAAUUGGUUUG